AACAUGGACACUGCUGUGCAGCAGCUUCAAAGCGCAGUGGAUGCCUUGCGAGAAGUCUUUGAGUCUCAGCUGAAGGGCAACGGCUCGUGUGAUGCGACAGUGAACCUCCAGGAGAUCCAGUGCAGUGAUGAUCCAGAGCUCCUGGAAGAUGUGGCAGAGGACCUGCUGGAAACGUCAUUGAGCUAUUGCUGUGAGAUCUUCUGGCAGCACAUUGAUGGCGCCAGCAGCCAACGAUGGGAGGCUGGACUAAACAGCUUCCAGAAGCUCCUUCGAGAGCACGAGCGCUUACUGCACCAUCUUGCUCUAGGAGAAGCUUCCAAGGCGCGCCUAAUCUCUGCACAGCGCGUGGCCUUUCGAGUUGCCUUUACAUCGACUUGGCCGUUGCAAGUGGCAGACAAUUUGCAGGUUUACUUCCAGCAGACUUGGAACCAAUGCUUUCGCCACCAGGGAGAAACUCUUGCGACAGAGUGGUGGUGCGUUGGUCUUGAGAAUCCUGUACAACGUGUCCUGGCACUGCUAGAACCUUGGGAGAAUCAGGCCCAGAGGACCUCAAGCUCGGUCAGCUCCGUGAGGUUAACAGCAGCUUCCACAGACGAGGAUGUCGUCAUGGGCGCCGACGAUGCUGACGGAGAUGAAGAGGAUGAGGACGAAUUGGACAUUGAUGAGGAGAAUGCUGACAACAACCUUCCAGGUUUGCGCGUAGUUUCCAAGGCAAUGCAUUCUUUGGGGCUCCAAGCACCCUGGGUGGACUUGGCCAAGCGUUUUUUCACUUCCAAAGUGGCCCAGUUGUUGGAGGAGCGAUGCCGCUCGGAGUAUGACAAGAAGGGUCUACUGGACCGCUUGACCCGGCUCUUCUAUGGUUCGAUGCUUCGAUGGCUCCGCGCCGUCUUUGGACUUCCGCUCUGGGCUCCAAGCACUCUGAAAGAAGAUGCUGGUCAGACGUCAGAAGAUGUUCAGGCUGAAGAAUCGUGGUGGCAUGUGGCACGUGGUGCUGUGCUUCGCUUCUUCGAAGCCUUCUUGGAGGUUCGUUUGGGUGAAGCCUUUGAUAUGGUCCGGGACUUUCCUGAGUCUGCCCCAGCGCUUUUAGAUUUGAGGCGUUGUUUGGCUCGCACUGGCCGGUCUUCACCGCUGGUGGUGUUUUUGCGGGAGCAGAUUGGUGAUCGGCUGCUCAUCGCUGGCGCUCAUACCCGUGAUGUCAUAGAAGUUUACAUCAAGACGAUCAAGGCCUUGCGCUUGGUAGAUCCUCGUGGUCUCCUCCUCGAGGGUGUGUCAACCCCUAUCCGGGAAUACCUGAAGAAGAGGAAGGAUACCGUCCGGUGCAUCAUCACAGCACUCACAGAGGAUUCCGACUUGCAGCAAGAGCUGCAACUCGGAGCGGAGGCUCUAGCCACAGCCUCCAAAAAAGCCAAACUUCAGGCUGGGCAGCCUGCCUUGCCACAUGAGCCACCAGACCUCGCAGGUGAAGAUUUUGAGGCCAGUGACGAUGAAGAAGAUCCAGACGCAUGGGUUCCGGACCCCAUCGAUGCGGACCCACAGCCAUUGAGGCCUCGCAAAGCCGAUGUGGUGUCUCUGUUGGUUGGCAUCUAUGGCUCCAAGGAGAUGUUUAUCAAAGAAUACAAGGAAAUGCUCGCCGAUCGCUUGCUCGGCAAUCCAACUUACAAUACAGAGCGUGAAACACAGAACUUGGAACUGCUGAAAACCAGGUUUGGAGAUGCUGCUCUCACCCAUUGCGAGGUCAUGCUCCAGGACAUCAAAGACUCGAAGCGAAUCAACAGCAAUGUGCAGCAGAAGGAGAAAGAUUCUCAGCAAAGCGAUGGAGUCGGAUUGGGUCAGAUGCACCCGCUAGUGCUCUCCCAGCACUACUGGCCCUCGGCGCUCAGUAAAGUUGACCAUCCACGUUUCAGGCUGCCAGCACCUCUGGAGAACGCUUUGGCAGACUACAGUGCAGCAUAUGGGAAGACUAAAGCGAAUCGGGCAGUCCAGUGGAAGCGUGCUCAUGGCCUGGUGGAAAUCACCGUGCAAUUUGCUGACCGGAGCCUGAAUGUCACAGUAACACCUGUGCACUAUGCGGUGCUUGCGUGCUUCUCUGAGGCCAAAGGCAGCCCAACGAGGCUCAGCCUGGAGGAGCUCAUGACACAAUUGGAAUUGCCAGACGCGCUUGUGCGGAAGCGGGUUGCCUUUUGGGUGGCAAAGGGCGUGCUGAAAGAAGUCACAGCAAAUGUCUAUGAACUCCAGGAGUCAGCACCUGCAGAAGACCGGAUCAUACAAUCAGGUCACAUGGACGAAGACACGGAGAACUCGCCAGGCCAACCCACCGCGGGACCUCGGCGCUCAGCCCAGCGCGAGGCCGAGCUACGUGCCUGCGAACCAUUCAUUCAGGGCAUGUUGAAGAACUACGCAGAGCUUCCGCUGCCGCGUAUCCACAAUUUCCUUCAGCGGUUCAUGAUGGAACCUGCUUACACACUGAGUGAAAAGCAGCUGCGAGACUUCUUGGCGCAGCUGGUGGAGGAAGGGAAACUGGACUUCGAUGGUUCUGGCUACACAUUGGUCCAGAAUGGGCCUGAUUGAGAGAAAAA